GUCGGCAGGAACGUGAAUUCUACUCGUUUAUAAGCUCCUCUGCCUGUUGCUUCUGCUUCUUGUUCCUGUUCUUCUUCUUCGUCCGUCCCCUUCAGCCUCUACCAUCAACCCAACCCACGAUGCCCUCGCCCGACCCCUCUACGCCGCAAUCGUCCUCCGAAGACACCAUCAUGACCGAUUCGCCCGACACCUCCUACUCACCGCGAGAAUCCCAUCCUCCGCUCCCCACACCCAUCCCGCGGGCCGCUCCGUCCACAAUAGCAUCGCCUCUGCUAGCCCUCCCCCGCGAGCUGCGCGACCGCAUCUACACCUUCGCUCUCACCUCAAUAUCGCCCUUCUGGUACCCGAAUCCCACGACCGACCACCACAUCGAGCCGAACCUGCUCCUGGCCUCGCGCCAGGUGUACGCCGAGGCUGCCCCGAUUCUCUACAGCUCCAACAAGUUCCUCUUCACCCACCCCUCAGACUGCAACAUGUUCCGCGUCGUCGCGUCGCCCUACAGCGAGCACAUCACCAGCGUGUGCUUCCGCAUUCGCGAGAAGGACCUGCGCAUCUGGACCUCCUACCUGAGCAGCUCGAGCGAGACGCGGAGCCUGCACGCCGACCUGCCGCGGCUGAAGAGCCUGUGGAUCUUCCUGCGCUGCGGGUCGUGGGGACCCCCCGCGAUGAUGUUUCCCGCGAUCCAAUGGGCAGCGCAGCAGCCGAACUGGCAGAACCCUUUCCCGCCUCAGCAGAACCAGCAGCAGAACCAGCCUGGCAAUCAGAUCCCGGUGCCGCCACCGCCUCCAGGUGCACCAGGUGGAGCCAACCCGCCUGUCGUAGUCCACAAUGCGGGUGCUGCGCAUCUCAUCGACCGCUUCUAUCGCUGGGACCGUGAUCAGGGGCUCGAGAACCUGGUGUUGUCGCUUCAGGGCAAGACACACGACGCAGAAGUGAAGAUCGUUGCUAUCCAGCGGCUUCUGCGACAGGAUGUGCGUACGCUAUCGCGGGCGUAUCCGGACGACUUGAUCCUAGACAAGCAGGGCGAUGCGAGGACGCGAUUCAAGCGUGUGCGGGGGGUGGAGAUCAGCUUGGAGCUGAGUGCCGUGGAGCCAGUUCAGGUGCCUUGAAGCUACGAAAAAGGGGAUGGACGAUUCGUUGAAGCUGUGUUAACUCUGUGGCAAUAUCUUAGGCGCAAUCUUUGCGGGAAAAGCUAUCAAGCAAACAUCUUAUCAGGACAUUUAGCGGAUAUACGACUGAUAUUGGGCGCCUUUUGUGAAGCUACAGGAUUUUAGGCAUUGUCUGUCAGAGCGCGGCACAGCGGUACCACUCAUAGCAAUGAGAUAAUUUUACAAUUCGACCAUAUCUACGAGUCGUCUACUGCAU